GAUCGCGAUGUGUUCUAAGGAGAACCUUGACACCAUCCUUGAGGAUUUGAAAAGAAAAGAAUUUGACAAAUUCAAAUGGCACCUUGAGAACGAGACCUGGAAUGGAACAGAGCCCAUCAAACACUGCAAAUUGGAGGGGGCAGAGAGCCAUACUGUUGUGGACCUGAUGGUGCAAAAGUACCUGCUCAGUGGAGCUUCAUCAAUCAUGGAAAAUAUUCUUAAGAAGAUGGGCAAAAACGACCUGGUGAAGAAGCUAGAACAACUGACUGAAGGUCAAAGGUCAGCUAAAGGUCAGUCCCAGGAGCAUCUGGCUGAAGAGGUUGUCAGUCGAUGUCAAGAUGACCUGAAAGAGGCUCUGAAAAAGAAAUUUGAAUGUGUCUCUGAAGGUGUUGCUAAAGUUGGAAAGAAAACCUUUCUUGAUGAGAUCUACACAGAGGUCUACAUCACAGAGGGAAAGACUAGAGAGGUCAAUGCUGAACAUGAGGUCAGAAGGGUUGAAGCAGCAUCCUGGAAACAAAACAGACCAGGAGAAACAAUCAGAUCAGAAGACAUCUUCAAUUCAUCUGGAGGAAGGGCUCGGAUCAGAACCGUGAUGACGAUGGGCGUGGCUUGCAUCGGGAAAACAGUCUUAACACAGAAGUUCACUCUGGACUGGGCUGAAGGCAGAACCAACCAGAACAUCCAGUUCAUAUUUCCAUUCACCUUCAGACAGCUAAAUGCUCUAAAAGAGGAAAAGUUUAGCUUGGUGGGACUGAUUCAUAAACACUUUGAACCAAUAAGAGAUGCAGGCAUUGACAGCUUUAAAAACUUCCAGGUUCUUUUCAUCUUAGAUGGUCUGGAUGAGAGUCGACUUUCUCUCCACAAUGAUGAGAUUCUGACUGAUGUUACAGAAUCCACCUCAGUGGAUGUUCUGCUGACUAACCUCAUCAGGGGGAAACUGCUUCGUUCGGCUCUCCUAUGGAUAACCUCAAGACCUGCUGCAGCCAAUCAGAUCCCUCCUGAGUCUGUUGGCAUGGUGACAGAGGUCAGAGGGUUCACCAACCCACAGAAGGAGGAGUACUUCAGGAAGAAGUUUAGAGAUGAAGAGAAGGCCAGCAGGAUCAUCUCCCACAUUAAAAGAUUAAAAAGUCUCUUCAUUAUGUGUCACAUUCCCAUCUUCUGCUGGAUCACUGCUGAUGUUCUGGAGGGUUUAUUGGAGAGCAAAGAUGGAGGAGAGCUGCCAAAGACCCUGACUGGGAUGUACAUCCGCUUCCUGAAGCUUCAGAUCGAACGGAAAAUGAUCAAGUAUGAUGGAAGACAAAAGACUGCUAAAAACAUCAAAAUGGUUCAGUCUCUAGGAAAACUGGCCUUUGAGCAGUUGCUGGAAGGACACUUGAUCUUCUAUAAACCAGACCUGGAAAAGUGUGGCAUCAACAUCAAAGAUGCUUCAUGGUUCUCAGGAGUGUUCACUGAGAUCUUUAAAGAGGAGAGAGGGAUGGACGACACCUCAGUCUACUCCUUCGUUCAUCUGAGCUUCCAGGAGUUUCUGGCUGCAGUCUACAUGCUCCGCUGCUUCACCAGCAGGAACACAGAGGUGGUGGAGAACUUCCUGGGAGAAAAAUACAGAGAAACAUCUCUGGACGACUUCAUGAAAAAAGCCAUGGAGAAAUCCCUCAGGAGUAAAAAUGGCCACCUGGACUUAUUUGCUCGCUUCCUUCAUGGCCUCUCUGUGGAGUCCAACCAGAGCCUCUUAGGAGGCCUGUUGGGUCAGAUGAAGAAUAGUCCAGGAACCAUCCAGAGAAUCCUCAACAAUCUGAAGGAGAUGAACACUAGUUAUAAGAUCUCUACUGAUAGAUGCAUCAACAUCUUCCACUGUCGUCAGGAGAUGCAGGACCUCUCAGUUUAUCAGGAGAUCCAACAGUUCCUGAAAUCAGGAAUGAAGCUCUCAGAGAUCCAGUGCUCAGCUCUGGCCUACAUGCUUCAGAUGACAGAGGAGAUUCUGGAUGAGUUAGACCUGGAGAAGUACAACACAACAGAACAUGGACGAUGUAGACUGGUCCCAGCUGUGAGGAACUGCAGAAAGGCUCAACUUGGUGGCUGUUUUCUCUAUGAGGCUGAAUGUGAAGUUGUGGCCUCAGCUCUGAAGUUCAACCUUAAUCUGACUGAAGUGGAAAUAGAGACAAUCUUUGGAGAUGGAUCCUUUGGAGACUCUGACAUGAAGCACCUGUGUGAGAUACUGGAGAGUUCAAUCUGCAAAGUGAAGAAACUGAGAUUGGAGGACUGUAGAUUAUCAGAGAUUAGUUGUGCUUCUCUGGGCUCAGCUCUGAAGUCUAAUCCAUCCCAUCUGACAGUACUGAUGCUGAGAGGAACCAACCUGGACCCUGGAAUGAAGGAUCUCAGUGGGUUUCUCCAGUCUCCCCUCUGCAAACUACAGACAUUGAGACUGACUGAAGUCCAGAAGAUGGAAGAUCGUGAUCAAAAAGGGAAUAUGACAGAACCUGCAGGAUCUAGUUGUCCAUCUCUGAAGAGUGAUGGAUUAAAACGAAACACUCCAUACUUCAGUAAUGAACCUGGACUUUCAGACACACAAGGUCAGAACCACAGGCAGAGAGCAGAAACUCCAGGAUCCAGCAGUCCAUCUAUGAGGAGGGACUUCUCCCAAGGACUCUCUCCAGAAUUCUGUAAUGAGCCUGGACCUUCAGACCAGAGCCCAAGAAAAAGAGCAAAAUAUCCAGGAUCCAGCUGUCCAUCUAGGAGUACUUACUUCUCCAAAGGACAUCCUCCAGAGUUCAGUAAUGAUCCUGGACCCUCAGACCAGAACCCCAGAAAAAGAGCAGAAACUCCUGGAUCCAGCUGUCCAUCUAUGAGGAGUGACUUCUCCAAAGGACACCCUCCAGAGUUCAGUAAUGAUCCUGGACCCUCGGACCAGAACCCCAGAAAAAGAGCAGAAUCUCCUGGAUCCAGCUGUCCAUCUAUGAGGAGUGACUUCUCCAAAGGACACCCUCCAGAGUUCCGUAAUGAUCCUGGACCCUCGGACCAGAACCCCAGAAAAAGAGCAGAAUCUCCUGGAUCCAGCUGUCCAUCUAUGAGGAGUGACUUCUCCAAAGGACACCCUCCAGAGUUCAGUAAUGAUCCUGGACCCUCGGACCAGAACCCCAGAAAAAGAGCAGAAUCUCCUGGAUCCAGCUGUCCAUCUAUGAGGAGUGACUUCUCCAAAGGACACCCUCCAGAGUUCCGUAAUGAUCCUGGACCCUCGGACCAGAACCCCAGAAAAAGAGCAGAAUCUCCUGGAUCCAGCUGUCCAUCUAUGAGGAGUGACUUCUCCAAAGGACACCCUCCAGAGUUCCGUAAUGAUCCUGGACCCUCGGACCAGAACCCCAGAAAAAGAGCAGAAUCUCCUGGAUCCAGCUGUCCAUCUAUGAGGAGUGACUUCUCCAAAGGACACCCUCCAGAAUUCAGUAAUGAUCCUGGACCCUCAGACCAAAAAUGGAGGGAGAGGAGCAGUAUUGAUGUGGCAGAACGGUUGUCCUGCGCUUUGUGUCAGGACUUUCGGAAGAAACUGGUCUCUACCACCUGUGGACACUGGUUCUGCAGACAAUGCAUCAGAUCUUUCUGGGACAAGUCUGCUCCAUCAGGAACCCCCUCCUGCCCUCAAUGUGAAAAAAGAUCCAGAAUUAGAGCAGGACUGCGGAAAACCACCCAGAACUGCUAUGAGGGAGCAGAUGCUUGUCUGCAGGAGGUUCUAGAGGAACAUAAGGUCAGUCUGAGGAGGAGAUUUGAAUGUGUGGAUGAAGGAAGUGAUGGAAAGGGAAAUAGAACUCUCUUCAACAAGAUCUACACCGAUCUCUACAUCACAGAAGGACAAAGUGAAGAGGUUAAUACCCAACAUGAGGUGAAGCAGCUGGAGAGAGCUUCCAAGAUCCAGAACCUCCAUGAUUCUCCAAUCAGGUGCCAGGACAUCUUCAAACCCUUACCUGAGCAACAUGGAGCAAUCAGAGUGGUUCUGACCAAUGGCGUCGCCGGUGUUGGAAAAACCUUCUCAGUGCAGAAGUUCACUCUAGACUGGGCAGAGGGUUUGGAGAACCAAGAUGUCAGUGUGGUGGUUCUGCUUUCCUUCAGGGAGAUGAACCUGAUCAGAGAUCAGCAGCACAGUCUUCUCACGCUGCUCCAUGUUUUCCAUCCAACCCUCCAAAAGCUCCCUGCAGAGAAGCUGGCUGUCUGGAAGCUUCUCUUUAUCUUUGAUGGCCUGGAUGAAAGCAGACUUUCUCUGGACUUCAAUAACAGUCUGCUUGUUUCAGACAUCACUCAGAAGUCAUCAGUCAAUGUUUUGCUGAUGAACCUCAUCAAGGGCAACCUGCUUCCCCUGGCUCUGGUCUGGAUAACUUCCCGACCUGCAGCGGCCAAUCAGAUCCCACCUUCCUGUGUUUCCAGGGUAACAGAAGUACGAGGUUUCACUGAUGCCCAGAAGGAGGAAUACUUCAGAAGGAGGUUAAGUAAUGAAGAGAUGUCCAGCAGAAUAAUCUCCCACAUUAAGACCUCCAGGAGCCUCCACAUUAUGUGUGGAAUCCCUGUAUACUGUUGGAUCACUGGUACAGUUCUGGCAAACCUUUUUUACAGAGAGCAGAUAGGAGAGCUGCCGAAGACCAUGACUGACAUGUACUCACACUUCCUGCUGGUCCAGAACAGGAGGAAGAAGAACAAGUACCAUGAAGGACAUGAAAUGAGAUUUCCAGACCUACUGGAGACUGAAAGGGAAGUUCUUCUGAAGCUGGGGAGAGUAGCAUUGGAACAUCUGGAAAAAGGUAACAUCAUGUUCUACCAAGAAGACCUGGAGCAGUGUGGUCUUGAUGUCAAAGAGGCCUCGUUGUACUCAGGAGUUUGUACAGAGAUCUUCAAAAGAGAGAGCGUGAUCUUCCAGAAACCAGUCUACUGCUUUGUUCAUCUGAGCAUCCAGGAGUUUUUGGCUGCUGUCUACAUGCUCCACUGUUUCACCAGCAGGAACAAAGAGGUGGUGGAGAACUUCCUUGGAGGAAAAUACAGGGAAACAUCUCUGGAGGAUUUCAUGAAGAGAACCAUGGAGAAAUCCCUCGGGAGUAUAAAUGGUCACCUGGACCUGUUUUCUCGCUUCCUUCAUGGCCUCUCUGUGGAAUCCAACCGGAGACUUUUAGGAAGCCUUUUGAGUCAGAGCAAAAAUAGUCCAGAAACAAUCCAGAGAAUCAUCAACAAUCUGAAGGAGAUGAACACUGAUAUUUCCCCUGACAAAAGCAUCAACAUCUUCCACUGUCUGAUGGAGAUGAAAGAUCUCUCAGUUCAUGAAGAGAUCCAACAGUUCCUGAAAUCAGAGAAAAGAUCAGAAAAUGAGCUCUCUUUGUUCCAGUGCUCAGCUCUGGCAUACAUGCUGCAGAUGUCAGAGAAGGUUCUGGAUGAGUUGGACCUAGGAAAGUAUAACACUUCAGAAAGGGGACUGCGGAGACUGGUUCCAGUGGUGAGAAACUGCAGAAGGGCUCGACUUGUUGGUUGUUCACUUUCAAAGACUGAGUGUGAAAUUGUCGCCUCUGCACUGAAGGCCAACCCUUGUCAUCUAACUGAACUGCACAUAUACGAAAUCUUUGGAUGGAAAACACAUGGUGACUCUAAGCUGAAGCACCUGUGUGAGAUACUGGAGAGUUCAAUCUGCAAACUUAAGAUUCUUAGAUUGGAGCCUUGGAGUUUGUCAGAGAUUAGCUGUCCUUCUCUGGGCUCAGCACUGAAGUCCAACCCUUCCCAUCUGGAAGAACUGGACCUGAGUCGGAAUAUCCUGCAAGACACACUACUGAAGGAGUUCUGUGGUUUUCUACAGACUCCCCUCUGCAAACUGCAGGCAUUGAGAAUGGAGGACUGCAGUUUGUCAGAGAUCAGCUGCGCUUCUCUGGUCUCAGCUCUGAAGUCCAACCCAUCCCAUUUGACAGAUCUGGACCUCAGUGUGAACAAAGAUCUGAAACAUUCUGGAGUGAAGCAGCUCUGUGGUUUUCUACAGAGCCCCUUCUGCAAAUUACAGACAUUAAAAUUGAAGCUCUGCAGUCUGUCAGAGAUCAGCUGUGCGUCUCUGGUCUCAGCUCUACAGUCCAACCCUUCCCAUCUGACAGAACUGGAUCUGAGUGGCAACAUACAUGUAAAAGAUGCUGGGGUGAAGAAGCUUUGUAGUUUUCUACAAAUUCCUCUCUGCAAACUACAGACAUUGAGGUUAGAGAACUGCAGUUUGUCAGAGUUCAGCUGUACUUCUCUGGUAUCAGCUCUGAAAUCAAACCCCUCCCAUCUGACUGAACUGGACCUGACGAAGAACAACCUGAAGGGAUCCGAUGUUCAACACCUGGAGAAUCUUGUAAAAAGUUCAGACUAUAAACUGCAGACUCUAGGGUGGAGGUGAUGAUCUUAGUGGAGGAGAGAAGCUGAUCUGUGUCCUGAUGAUCCUCAGACGUUGAAGCUGCAGCAGUUUGAGUUUAAAGAGACUCUGACUGGAUCCUGAUGAUGAACUCUGAGUUUAGAGAUUUUUUAGCUCUUUAUUUUUUCUUGGUAAGUUGAAAGUGGCCUGUACUUAAAUUUCUCCUUUUUAUUCAGGGAACUCCAAGUUGCUUUUCCCUUUACUCUCCCAGUUAGUGUGUCUCCCAGUUAGUGAUAUUUUGUCUUUGAGGCAUUUUGCUCUGAAACUGAAGAAAAUGUUACCAACAAUAUGAAAUAAAGCUUUGUUUAAAAGUU